AUGUUCGAACUCGCAAACAACUAUUCCUCCUACCACCUCAUCCCGCAAUCUUCCGACCUCGCCCUCUCGCCACCAGAAUCCUACUUCUUUGUCACCGACUUCCUCAUCAUCUCCUGUGGCGUCCUCUACACAUUAUGCUACCUCUUCUACAUGACCCGAACUUACAGUGACCGCUUCCUUGCCGGCUCUGUACUCUUCCUCUCACAGACGAUGGCAUACGAACUCUACUACGCAUACGUGUGCACGACGACAACGUGGCAGCGAGUCUGCUUCUUUGUAUGGUUCAUGUUCGAUGUGAGUUUUGUUGCUGUGGCGCUGAAUAGAGCGUACAGAAGGGAAGAGAGGGGCAGGACGGUUUGGAGGUUGGUUUGGAUGACGGCCCUGGGGAUUGCGUUUUUGUGGGGUGUUGGACAGGUGUGGCCGGAUGAGAGGGAGCAACUGACCGCGUUCUGGACGGGCGUGUAUUUGGAGUUGCCCAUCGGUUGGGGACAGGUGUACUAUCUGCUGAAGAGAGGAGAUACGAAAGGGCAGAGUCUAGAGAUAUGGAUCACGAGAUAUUUGGGCUGCAUCUGCGCCUUCUUAGUCUUCAUCUGGCGAUACCUUAAUGCGCCAGAUAACUGGUCGUAUGUUGGCAGUUUCUGGAGUGUUGCUGGUAUGAUCGUUACACUGCUCCCAGAAACAGUCUAUCCGUUUGUCUAUGUGUGGGCGCACAAGAAAGAGCGCGGCGACGAAAAGACCAAGGCUGAAUGA